AUGCCUCGAGUCACGUCCGACAGCUUUUCCGGCGAGUCUGCCGAAGUCCAGAGGGACCAGGCGCUGGCCACGAAGCUAGACGACGAGUACUCGGAAAAAUACCUCGACGGCCUGACCAUUCUGCUCGACUACCUCAACGCGGGAAACACCUACGAUGACAUGCUCCGCGUCAUUCCUGAUGCGCAAGAAUGGUGUCGGGAGUAUUUCAGCGGCCGGAUGGUGGCACCCAACAGGCUCAACGAGGAGGUCCUCUUUUGGCACCCAAACUUGCUGGACCUGUCCCUCCCUUCAUGGCGCCGUCUCGACGGCCCCAACAACUUCGACGAAACUCAGCUCUUCGGCGACGUCGACCCGAUGGAGGGCUUUGAAUAUCCGUUGACUUGGGAGUCUGAAGAUGAGACCCUCGUCGUCGAGAUGGACCAGCACAUGAACGAUGACGUCUACGCCUUCGAGCUGGGCCAGCACGUGGACAACGACUACAACUUCGCCGAAGCCGAGAUGGGGCACGUGGCCGAGGCAGUCUUCAGCGACGGCGGUUAUCAAAUCAACGGCGAUGGCAUCUCCGACAACCUCGACCUCGACGCGGUGCUUCCCAUAUACGGCGCCAUCAGCGAAUGGGUCCCCUUCUCUGACGACGAGGUACAUGCUUUCCUCGACCGCCACUCGCACCGCACCUACGAGAAUCUCCUCGCGGGCGGGCACGACGUACUCUUCGACGACUACUUGUUCCUGCGCGGUGCCCCUCUGAUGGCCAGCGACUUGACUCGGGCCGUGGCGUACAACCUGCCCCUUAUAUUGUCCUGCCUCGCUUCCAUCCCGCUGCACGAAGUCGUCGACCUGGAUGUGCUGGGCAUGGAGACCGACGACAACGAGAGCACCUAA